CUCUAAGUUAGUUACGUCAAAUUCUUGUGUCAAGAUACAAACCUAUUGAGAAUGGUUCAAAAAAUGUAAAUCAAAAUGUUCGUGAUAGAUAAUAACAAGACGUGUAAUUUCCCAACCUUUGACAAAGAUCUUGUAUUUAUAUUUCGUUAUUAACAAAUUAAUACAAUCACUAUGGACCAGAACCAUGUUAAAAACUAAUAACUAACCAUGGCACCAGCAGUGGGCAUAGAUCUCGGUACCACUUACUCCUGCGUAGGGGUGUUUCAAAAUGGUAAAGUGGAAAUUAUAGCAAAUGAGCAGGGCAACAGAACAACGCCCUCGUACGUGGCCUUCACAGAUACCGAAAGGCUAAUCGGAGAUUCCGCCAAAAAUCAGGUAGCGAUGAACCCAAAAAAUACGGUGUUUGAUGCAAAAAGACUCAUUGGAAGAAAAUUCGACGACCCCAAACUCCAACAAGACAUCAAACAUUGGCCCUUCCAAGUUGUCUCAGACGGCGGGAUACCAAAAAUAAUAGUUGAAUACAAAAAGGAAAAAAAGAGGUUCUCACCAGAAGAGAUCUCGUCGAUGAUUCUAACUAAGAUGAAAGAAGUUGCCGAGACAUAUUUAGGCGGGACAGUGAAGGACGCCGUCAUCACAGUUCCAGCUUACUUUAACGAUUCUCAGCGUCAGGCGACGAAAGACGCCGGCGUCAUUGCUGGCCUUAACGUCCUCCGUAUUAUUAAUGAACCAACAGCCGCUGCACUUGCUUAUGGUCUGGAUAAAAAUCUAACGGGCGAGAAAAAUGUGCUCAUAUUCGAUUUGGGUGGAGGGACCUUCGACGUGUCCAUUCUUCAAAUAUCUGAAGGCUCGCUAUUCGAAGUCAAGUCUACAGCAGGUGACACUCAUUUGGGUGGUGAGGAUUUUGACAGCAGAAUGGUCGAUCACUUUAGUCAGGAAUUUGAAAGGAAGUAUAAGAAGAACUUUCGAGACAAUCCAAAAUCCAUGAGAAGACUUCGGACAGCCUGUGAGAGAGCUAAGAGGACCCUGUCUUCAAGUACAGAAGCUAGUAUAGAAAUCGAUGCACUCUUCGAGGGUAUAGAUUUUUACUCAAAACUUACAAGAGCUCGGUUUGAAGAAUUAUGUUCGGAUCUUUUCCGUCAAACUUUAAAUCCAGUUGAAAGAGCAUUGAAAGAUGCCAACCUUAAUACAAGAGAAAUACACGAUGUGGUUAUGGUGGGUGGGUCGACGAGGAUACCGAAAGUGCAAAGAUUGUUACAGGAAUUUUUUGGUGGAAAAUCUCUUAAUUUAUCUAUUAACCCUGACGAAGCGGUAGCGUAUGGAGCUGCAGUACAGGCGGCUAUUCUGACUGGUUCCAAGGACUCUCGUAUCGCAGAAGUUCUAUUAGUCGACGUAACCCCGUUGUCGCUUGGCAUUGAAACAGCUGGGGGUGUGAUGACGCGUUUGGUCGAGAGGAACGCACGCAUACCGACCGCUCAGAAACAAAUCUUUACCACCUACUCAGAUAACCAACCUGCUGUCACCAUACAAAUCUAUGAAGGGGAAAGGGUUAUGACAAAGGACAAUAAUUUGCUGGGAACCUUCAACUUAUCGGGCAUACCACCAGCCCCGAGAGGAGUUCCACAGAUCGAAGUGACAUUUGACAUCGAUGCUAAUGGCAUACUUAACGUCAGCGCCCAAGAUAAAAGUACCGGCAGGACAGAACAAAUAACAAUAUCGAAUGACAAAGGGAGACUUACCAAGAAUGAUAUCGACAAAAUGUUGCACGACGCUGAGAAAUUCAAAGCAGAAGACGAAGCCGCCAAAAAGAAGGUGGAGGGUAGGAACCAGCUGGAAGGAUACAUAUUUGGAUGUAAAACGGCAGUUGAAAACGCGGGGGGCAGACUGACCGAAGGGGAAAAAUCUGCGGUAUUGAGGGAAUGCAACAACCAACUAAGAUGGCUUGAAGGCCAAAGUGGCGGUGCCUCAGUUUCAGAUCUAGAACAACAUCUGAAAGAUGCUCAGAGCGUUUGCCAGCCAGUUAUGAUGAAGCUGCAUGGAGCAGGUGGCGGGGGCCCGAGCUGUGCCCGCCCGCCGAGUCCUGGGGGGCCGAGAGUCACGGAGAUCGAUUAACACCAUACAAUAUCCAAUUAGUACUCUUAGAUGACUUUUGCUACUGAGGUGCAAGUAUACGCUUGUUAUAUACCCGUAAAGAAGUCAGAGCCUGAUCAAGUUACACCAUAGACCUAUUAAAGUUUGGUAUUGAACUGUAUAACUCUAUCUCUUAUGGAAAAGCCAUCUAUGUAUAUUAUUGGAUAUAUUGUUAAAAUGAACGUUUCUCAUCAAACACCCUACAUUAUACCCUACACCUACAUUAUGAAACUAUGUCGACCGUAUUCUGAAGUUUUAAGCCUUUUGUGCACUAUACAAUUUCCAUAGACUGUUAAACUUAAGUCCAAAUUAGAACAUAAAUGUAAAUACACUGAUAGACACACAUUACUUUACCAUUUUGCUAAUUGCUUGGUUACUUUAAAUUACAAUUUAGAUGACAUUGUACUCUUUCUAACUAGGCUAGGUAGGUAGGCAUUUACAGAAGCCAUAGUGAAUAAAAUAUACAACAUCAAUAAA